AAGGCGUAUCAUUGGCCCACCCAGACCGUACGUGAGCAGACCUCAGUGUUUUUAGCAGCUGUCAGUCGGGCUGACUCUUCACAUUACAGCUUUCUCUUCAUAUUCACUCAAACAGGUUCAGACGUUACUGAGCAGGAUGCCGAAAGGAGGGGCCAAGAAGGGCGGCCAUAAGGGACGCAUGCGGACAUACACCAGCCCUGAGGAGAUCGACGCCCAGAUGAAAGAGGAGAAGGAGAGGAAGGAGACGGAGACGGAGAGCGGGGGGGCGGGCGCUCAGCCCGACGGCGUGGAGGAGCAGCUCCCGGGCUCCGGGUCCGAGGACAGCGACGAUGACGAAGGCUCCCAGAAGAAGAGAGGCGGCGUGGAGGGGAUGAUCGAGAUCGAGAACCCCAACAGGAUCGUCCAGAAGUCCAAGAAGGUGACGCAGAUAGAGAUGGACGAGCCCAAGACCCUAUCCAGGAGAGAGAGGGAGGAGCUGGAGAAGCAGAAGGCCAAGGAGCGCUACAUGAAGAUGCACCUGGCGGGGAAGACGGACCAGGCCAAGGCGGACCUGGCCCGGCUCGCCAUCGUCAGGAAGCAGCGGGAGGACGCCGCCAAGAAGAAGGAGGAGGAGAAGAAGAGGGCGGCGGCUGGGAAGGCUGCCAAGUGAUCCACGGCAGCAGGACACUCCGUGGCGGCAGCAGCCUAGAGAGACCCCCCCUCUCUGAAGGACCCCGGUGUCCUGACCAGCGCACGAUGGACUGGUACCUCCUCUGAAGAGAACCUCCAAAGCAUUUUACUGUAACAUAAGAACAUUCAGAGGCCCGUUGAACAGGGGCUUUGAUAUAUUUUUUUGGAAUGGAAUAUUUGCUUCGUUGCUCCUCCCAAGAAGAACAGCCGGGAUUGGAGACACCUUACCCCUAUCCUGGGAACGACCCCCCAAGCCUGGGAACGACCCCCCAAGCCUGGGAACGAACCCCCAAGCCUGGGAACGAACCCCCAAGCCUGGGAACGAACCCCCAAGCCUGGGAACGAACCCCCAAGCCUGGGAACGAACCCCCAAGCCUGGGAACGAACCCCCAAGCCUGGGAACGAACCCCCAAGCCUGGGAAGGAACCCCCAAGCCUGGGAACGAACCCCCAAGCCUGGGAAGGAACCCCCAAGCCUGGGAACGAACCCCCAAGCCUGGGAAGGAACCCCCAAGCCUGGGAAGGAACCCCCAAGCCCGGGAAGGAACCCCCAAGCCUGGGAACGAACCCCCAAGCCCGGGAAGGACCCCAUGCCCACCGUGGUGGUAACACACUGAUCUCCUCACCAUGCUGCAAGCCAGGUUUCUCAGUGAACUUUGGUUUAUUUUUUCAUUUGGAUUUUGCAUUGUAUAUAACUCAACUAAAUGAAUAUUUCAGAUGAAUAUAUAAACAGUAAAAAUAUGAAUAUUG